AUGAGACAUUCUUCAAGUUGGACACUUGUGCCUCUGGGCGGUUUCAGUUACUGCAACCCCAGCCCGGUUUCUGCAUCCCUCCAGCCUUACCCUCUUCUCUCACCGGUGCCCUGCUCCAGCCCUGCCCCAGGCCCAGCCCUCCGCUCCCUGGGUGGCCACCCCCAGGCCGGGGGGCGGGGCUGCAGCGGCGCCGGGAGGGCUGCGAGGGCGGGGCCGCGGGGCGGGGGCUGCGCGGCCCGGAGCGCAAGGAGUCUGGCGCCGGGGGCCCUGGCGCUUGGGGCCAGCAUGGCGUGGCCCUGCAUCAGCCGCCUCUGCUGCCUGGCGCGGCGCUGGAACCAGCUGGACCGCUCCGAUGUGGCCGUGCCACUGACCCUGCACAGCUACUCUGACCUCGAGAGCGAGGAGCCGGGCCUGGGCGGUGCCACCUCGCGCAGGGGCCCGUCCCCCGCAGGCGCGCGGGACCCCGGCCGGGAUGUGCCACUUACUCAGUACCAGCGGGACUUCGGCGUGUGGACGGCGCCCGCGGGGCCCAGAGAUGCAACACUGGGGCGCGGGCCGGGAGCGGACGGCCGCAGGAUCAAGCCCCCCGCGCCCUACAGCCGGGGGGUCUACGUGCUCCCCGUCGGCGACGCAGAUGCGGCUGCAGCGGCGACCACAUCGUACAGACAGGAGUUCAAGGCUUGGACUGGAGUAAAGCCAUCGAGAUCCACAAAGGUGAAACCCGCCACAGUCAUCACAGCCCACAGCUCUGGAUGGGACAGCAGCCCCGGGGCUGGCUUCCAGGUCCCUGAGGUGAGGAAGAAGUUCGCCCCUAACCCCUCAGCCAUCUUUCAGGCCUCAGCUCCCCGGAUCCUCAACGUGUGAUUGCCCACGGAGAGGAGCGAGAAGCCACAGAGGAUCAGAACCCACUGCCCGGGGACUGGGGUGAGGUCUCAGGACCGGAUGGCCCCUGCUGUCAGAGGGGGAGGGUCCUCCAUUCUCACCGUGGGGCACUACUUCCUCUCCAAGCUGCACGAGGCUGCGGGCAGAGCAGAGGCACAGAGGGACACAGCACCACCCAGCUCAGCUCUGGGCCUCAGAGACGUGUGCGGAAGGCUUCAGAUCUUUUUUAAUUGCCUCUUUGGGCCACCCUUCAUUUUUUAAAUCUGAAGAACUUGAUCAAUCCUACUGUGAACUGAAUCGGUCGUUGGGGGCUGAGGAAUAUGGACAUAACAGGUCCUUGAAAGAUCCAGUAAUGUCCACGUUGUUGUUUUCGCAGGCUGCAUGAUAAUUUUAUAACCUAUGGUAACCCAAGGUGGUGUCCUUGGAGAGUCCCACCAACGGCCCCACGUGUUAAGGCUGUAGAAGAAAUCUUAGGCUGUCACCUGCAUGUGACUCAUGAUGAUGCUAAGUAACCAGGAAGAAGUUUCCCAGAGAAGCAGGAUAUCAGUCAUAGGGUUUCAGUUUUAAAGACAAUUUCUUUAUGGCCAAGACGACCCUGGUUUUAACAAAACAUUUCUUGGGAUGAGUGAAGUAGAGUGAAUGACAUUUACCUUAGUAUUACUGACUCCAGUUUUGUUCCCUUAACGUAUUGAUGACUAGAUGGGAACUACCAUACUAAGAACUGGGAGCUUCUUUGGGAGAAGGGUGGCAUUAGCUUCAUUCCCUGAAAGACCUGAAAACGUCAUCUCAUUACAGGGAGCUCACUAGCUGUUGAGGCAGCUCAUUCUGUUUUUGGAAGGCCCUCUCCUGACGUUCUCGACAAAUUCCAGCCAGUGCAGCCACCUGGAACUAGCCUGGUCCCCUCUUUGCACAGCAGCCCUCGAAACAUUUGGAGGAGUUUGUGUUCCUUGAGAUUAGAGGCACAAGCUGAGGACAGUUUUGGUAAGGAAGCUCAAGGAUUUCCCUUUGGAUCUUUACCCCUUUCCAGCCCUCAGGUGGCUUAGCCAGGUGAGCAUUUACUUUCACCACAGGAGGUGGCGUUCAGGUUUUAGAAGCAGCUCAGAGCGGAGGUGGGGGGUGUUUCCAGCUCAGGCUGCGAGGGGCAGUCAGUCCCCUCAGAGGUGCUAGCUCCCAGCUCUGGCACGUUCCAGCAAAGGAAAUGCUCUGAGAGAAUCAUUUUAAAGGGAAACGCAAAACCAUAUGCUUACACAAAGGGUUCUAUUAUUUCAGACUUCAUUGGUUUGCAUGUUAGAUGCUUCUAAGGGAAAAGAGACUGCGUGCUGGGCAUUCUGUGAGAAGCAAACAGAUUAAUGGUACAAUCUCAGAUUUUACUAAAACGGAAACAUACUGUUUCAGUUUAACUUAUUUCGUUAAAUUAAUUAUAAACACGAAUGCCUUCUCAUGUCUUCCUUUAUCUCCUCUUAGUAAGAGGACUUUGAUGUGCCGUGGCUACUGCUGCUCUCCCUUGGAGGCUUGUAGAUUCUGAGAACGCUGACCCUGGGCUGCAGUCGCACUGGUGUCGUAUGUAGUAAUAUUUAACAGAACCCACAAACUUACUCUUUUACACUUACUUACCCAUAUCCCCCCAACCCCGCUAGGAGCCUAGGGUAAAAGGACUGUCUUUGAAGCUAGUCUUGGGCUCAAAUCUUGGCUUCUCCACUCACUAGCCGGGAGCAGUUUAAGCUUCUGUUUCCUAUCUGCAAAGUAUGGGUAAUGCCACUCCCCUCCCCACCCCACCCCCUCCAAGAGAAUGUGUUUAUGUGCAGCGUGCUUAGUACAGUAAAUGGUCAACAAAACACAGCUGCUGUACUUACUCUCUCCUGUCCAGGCACCCCUUCCCGGGAGCCUGCUUUACUCCCAUCUGCAGCUUUGGUCCAUCUGAUGCCACUGACUGACAGGCCCUCUCAGUAGCCCCUGCCUGUGUCUCACCGCAUAGCCAGCCAUGCCCAUCCCUCCCCCAGAGCCUGUCUCAAGAUCCCAUUCACUGAGCUGGGGGUAAAGCAGGCUGCCCCAUGCUGGCAGUGUUGGCAUUGCAGCAGCAGUGGGGAGCACCACUGCCUGAGAGAGGCCUGACCUCUGGAAGGCCUCCUGCACACCCAGGAACAAACAGCUUUUCAAAAACACCCCAACCCAACAGCCUUCCUUACUAGACUUCAUUAAUUAUUAGAUCUGGAUUCUGAAGCAGCAGCUUCCUCCCACUAGGUCUUAAUAAGGCCUUAACAUUAUGUUACUGGAGUCGCCUUCAGAAGCAACUGAGAAAAUAGCAGCCUCAACCACACAGUCCCAACUCACCUAGGCCAUAUGUAUGAUACAAAACAGACAAAGACUGAAAGGAACGCGCUGGAAUACUGAUGGUGGCUAUCUUUGAGAAGGGGAACUACGGAUAAUUGAAAAUUUUUUACACCUUACAAUAUUUGCUAAAAGUUUCUAUAUAAUUAGCAUUUUUAUAUUAAAUUAAAAAGCAAUUUAAUCUGCUUGUUAGGUAAUUUUAGCCAAAGAGUUCA